UCAGUUGGGUGCGGAAAGGUUUCAAGUGCUUUUUCCCAGCGUUCUAAGGGGAAGAUGAUGAACUUACAGGGUCUUCAAAAGACGACCGACGUCGUAUUGAGGGCGUUGUCCCUGUAGAGUGCGAUCUGUUGGCAGGGAGAAUGGAACACAGUCAUUCUCGAGGGAGUGGAGAGAGGGACGGUGAUCUAGUCCCUGGAACCUCAGCAACAGAGAAAGGUCGUAUAGAGAGCGGUGUCUCUGUGGAGUGUGAUCCGUCUGCAGGGAGAAGGGAACACAGGCAGUCCGGUUAUGAGGUCCCUAGAUCUGACCCAUGUGAAGUGAUUCAUACCCUUCGAGGCUCAUUCAACAAGGAUCUGUCAAGCUUCCACCAGGUGACAGAUCCAAAUUCCACACUCUCUGAGCUCCUGACACAGUGGGACGAUUCCCAACUGUUCCAGCUGGAAAGAUUCUACCGAGAUAGACUGACAGAAGCGAUUGAAGAACGGGUUGAAAGACUCAGCCAACUGUUGAGAAACGAGGAACAUUUCAGUGGACGUGAACAUGAGGAAGUCACUGAGCUCAUGGGAAAGGGAAACCGGACAGACGGUUCCAAGCUUUUCCUCAGUCUGGUAACGGGGAAGGGCUCCCGGACCCGAAGGGUUAUGUGGGAAUCCUUUGUAAAAAUGAGGAAGGAGUUACCAAAGUUGGACAGAAUACUGAAAGAAAUCCAGGAGCUCGGUACGGUCCUGAUCCACGUCAAUAACUGA